GUAGAUCGUAGGCUUUUUCAACGUGCGGUGGUAAAUUUCAAGUUGCCGGAUUAUCGGCUGGAUCGUACGAUACAAUUAAAAACCAACAACAAGAAUCAAAUACGAAUCUAAUUAGUCGAUACUGAUAACACAACUAGUAACAAAUUAUUAUUGUUUUUUUAUACACCUGGAUUAUUUAAUUUAUGGCCAUUGACUUGAAUUCUCACUUCAUUGCCCAAAACUACCAGCAGCAGUAAGGGAAUUAGCUAAUAAUUAACAUUGUGGCGAGAUCAUUGUUGCGUAUGAAUCUUUUGUGAUUCAUAUUUUUUUGGUAAUACACAUUUUCUAUGAGAGGUUUUUGACACCGGUGCCAAGCGUACAUAUUUACACACAUGUCAGCUGCAUGUCGUCUGUAUAAUUAAACUGAAAAACAUCGUCCGACGUGAAUAAAUACUUUGUAAUUAAACAACGACUAAUAGUGAGGAAUACUUUCUAGUUGAGCUUUUUCUUACACGAGUGUAUGAGUUUCAGCGGAUACAUUUGAGUGUUUGUUAACAACAAGAACGUAAUCAAUCGUAUAGUACACACAGAACACACUUUUUCCUCAGUACAAGUUGAGUUGCAGAAGAAGAGUGAAGGGGUUGACACGAAAACAAAGAGAUAUUUUUAAAGUGUGCGCAUGAUUUUUAGUUUUUCUUGUUCGGUUGGCGGUCACUGUUGUGUUCAUAGUGGUGCGGUUCGGUUCGGUUUGAUUCUUUUGCAACAAGUUAAAACAUUCAACAAUUUAUUACGACAGCGGGGUCUUUAAUAGCUCACAACAAGCAACAACAAACAUAACUAUAACAUUAAAGAAAUAAAAAAAAGAAGUUUUCGUUCGCUCCAUUUUACCGACAAUCUAGUUGAGCAUUUAGUUGGCUGUAAGUGUGCUGUUUAUGUAGUGUGUUUUGGCAAAAAGGAUAAAGACCACGUCACUAUGGGUUACGAUGAUGUCAUUACGUAUUUAGGCGACUUUGGACGCUAUCAAAAGCAAAUUUAUUUCCUUCUUUGUUUGCCAGCCAUUUCGUGUGCUUUGCACAAAUUAGCGGGAGUUUUCUUGUUGGCACGUCCAGAGUUUCGUUGUGUUCUGCCUUUUGAAAAUGAUACUUCAUCGACUACAUAUCAGAGUUUUCCGUCGGAUCGUUGGAAUCUUACGUACCCUUUUGAUGACGUUACAAACAAAUGGCAAACAUGUGAAUAUUAUGAUGUUCCUUACACAGAGGAGUAUUUAAAUGGCUCAGUGGUGGAGGUUGCCAAUGGCACAAAACAAUGUGAGCAUUUUGUCUAUGAUCAAUCUCUAUAUAUAAAUAGUGCCGUUACAGAAUGGAAUUUGGUUUGCGGUCGCAGUUUAUUAAGUGCUACUAGUGAUUCAAUCUUUAUGUUUGGUGUUUUACUAGGAAGUAUAGUUUUUGGCCAAUUGUCCGAUAAGUAUGGUCGGAAACCUACAUUCUUUGCUGCUUUGGUGAUUCAGGUGGUUUUCGGCGUAUUGGCUGGAGUUGCACCGGAAUAUUUUACCUAUACGAUAUCCAGAAUGAUAGUGGGAGCAACUACUUCGGGUACAUUCUUAGUGGCUUAUGUUAUUGCCAUGGAAAUGGUUGGACCUUCGUAUCGUCUAUUUGCUGGUGUCGCCUGCCAACUUUUCUUUUCUACAGGUUUUAUGUUAACUGCCGUUUUUGCUUACUUUAUUCGUGAAUGGAGAUGGCUGCAAAUAGCACUUACUCUGCCCGGUUUAUUGUUUAUGUGCUAUCAUUGGAUUAUACCUGAAUCGGCAAGAUGGCUUUUGUUGAAAGGACGCAAAGAAGAAGCUAUCAUUGUCAUUGAAAAGGCUGCCAAAGUAAACAAUGUAAAUAUACCCCAAGAAGUGUAUGACAAUCUAAUAGAUGAAGCUACAGAAAAGAAAAAGGAAGAAAAUUCAAAUAAGAAUUCAAAUGAGAAAUCUCCAUCCAUUUUUGAUUUGUUGCGUUAUCCUAAUUUGAGACGUAAAACCUUGAUAAUAUUUUUCGAUUGGUUUGUCAAUAGUGGAGUUUAUUAUGGACUCUCUUGGAAUACGAACAAUUUGGGUGGAAAUGUUUUUCUUAAUUUCUUGGUAUCUGGCGCUGUUGAAGUUCCAGCCUACUCAUUCCUACUGCUGACCCUUAAUAGAUGGGGUCGACGUACAAUUUUGUGCGGUUGUAUGAUUGCUGCUGGCGUAUCCCUCCUGCUAACCAUACUCGUAGCGGAAGAUAUGAAUUGGUUAAUAAUAACAUUUGCUAUGAUUGGUAAAUUUGCCAUCACUGCCGCAUAUGGUACCAUUUAUAUAUUUUCAGCAGAACAGUUCCCCACUGUAGUGCGUAACGUUGGCAUUGGAGCAUCUUCAAUGGUAGCACGUAUUGGUGGUAUUUUAGCACCUUACCUUAAUUUGUUGGGUCAAAUUUGGAAACCUUUGCCACUAAUCAUCUGCGGUGCUCUGGCAUUCGUUGGUGGCCUUUUGUCGCUUUUGCUUCCGGAAACACGCCACAGACCUAUGCCAGAAACCAUUGCAGAUGGUGAAAAUUUUGGUAAAAAACAAAAGCACAAUGACCUAAAUGAAGCAGGCGAAGAACUAGCGUCUAUGCUUCCAACACAAAAUGGAAAAAAAUAAUAGGUAUACUGAUUGUAUUUAUGGUGUUCUCCAAAGUGUCUUGUACUUAUAAGAAAUUUCCAAAUAAUUUAGCUUAUGUAGGUAUAUAUUGUGUACGAUUAUGGAUAAUAAAAUAUAAACGCAUAAUUACACUAUAUAAAACUUAUAAAAAUACUUAAUUAGGAAAAACAUUUUAAAUGUAAGAUUAAAUUAACCGGAUUUUUAUACAAAAAAAAAAAAAAAUAAUGUUAGA